AUGACAACUGUGAAAAGGAGGACUACAAUUAAUUCAGUUGUGAGUAACCAAGAUACAGUGCAUUUAUAUCUUAAAAUUCCAGACAAUGAGGUGGCUGAGUUGAGUUGCAAUUGGAGCUGGUACGAAAGAUAUGAUACUUCCAGCGACAAUGAGGAAGUUUCCAAUGAAGCCGAAAAAACAUUCAGUGAGAGCGAAGAAUCUGUUGUGAAGCCGCCACGAAAACGAACCGGGGUGGUGAUUAUGAGGACAACUCACCAGCAAUAG